AUGGCUUCAGCUUCUCCAGACGACGACCUCCUCUCAAUACUUCUCGUCAAUCUUCGCAACGCAGCAGCCACUUUCGGAGAAGGGUCGCCGCCUUACGAAGCCAUUCGCACCGUUGUCGAGGAGCACCUCCAGUCCAUGAAGGCUGCGGGUGCAAAGACCAACCUCACUACUAUUCGGAAGUCAGAACGUCCUGAUGCACCCUCUCCUGAGAAGCAAAGUGGCAACGUGAAUACGCUGUCGUUCGCCAAUUUGGCGUUUAGACCAAAGCCGAUUUGA